UCCAGUAGUUGAGCAUCCCUCAUUUCGCUAGCUUUAGACGCCUGUUUUAAAUCAGUGUGACUUGUAACAGACACGCGAUUUCUUGCACAAUGCACACUCGUAGUGCAAACCCGUCUACUACGGAACGCUUGGUGUAGAUUAAAUAUUGACGUUUGAGCUGACGCAGUGAUAACAGAGUGCUUAGUGAUAGAUAAUGUGUAACUGACUGUAUUUGCAAUAUUUAGUGACUGACUGUUAUCUGUUGACCUUGUAGUUCGAGAUCGUUGCAAUAUAAUGGUGGGUCUCCGCAUUUGUCCUCUGCCUGAACAACAAGAAGUGGCCACAACCUGCCAUUCACCUUGCACCCUUAUCAGCUGUUGCUGGAAGAGUUAGAAGCUAUGUAGCAGUUGAAAAUCUUUGCAAGAACCUGAAGAGGUAUCCAACAAGAACAGCCUUUUCAAAGAUUUGCUGUCAUUAUUGGUAAAAGCAUGGCCUCCGGAUAUGGUGUUUCAUCCAUAGGCAGGGGCAGAAGUUGGAGGAAUAAUAAACAUGCAGUAGAUCUGCAGUGUCAGAAUACUGAUAUUAAAGAUCCUUUUGGCCUUACGAUGGAGCCUUGGAGGCGUUACCAGGACAGCACUGGUGGCUCAAAUACACCAGUAAAUACUCAUUUCAAAUAUGAAAAUGAUGAUGAAGUUGAGGGCGAAGAAAAUGUGGCUUGUCAGCAGGCUCAAGCGACAAAAAAUGUGAUGGAUAUCCUGUCCGGAACUUGUUGCUAUCUUACAGACCCAGAUAAUAUGUCCGUUUCCACAUGUGAUGACGCUGCAGAUGAGAUUUUUCCUUCAUUUAGUGAUCCUUAUAAUUUUUCCAUUUCAAUGACUGCAAAAGGUCACAGACAAGCAGGAUCACUUGCUUCAACUUCCACAUACUCUGUGAAAAAUAAAAAGCCAAGUGCACACUCCCUGACAGACAGUCCUGUAAACAAACUGGAAGAAGUAUCCAAGCACAAUAAGUUGCCGCCCCCAUCAUAUUCUCUGGUUUCAAGAAAAGUAACUCCAAAAGGUUUUGUUGCAGUUUGUGAAUUCUUGGAUUAUAUUGAAACAGGGCAUGGUAAUUCACAGAAUGAAGCAAGGGAAGAGGCAGCUAUCAAAAUGCUUGAAAAUUUACAUCUAGAUGAUGAUUCCCUCUCUGAAUAUGAUUAUGGUAUUGCACAUUCAUUUCAAUAUAAUGUUGUUAAGGAGGAGGAUCAGAAAGGUUUGCAGGAUGGGACACCCAAUAAAUAUAAAGCACCGUAUCUUCAGGGAAGUAAUUUGAAUCUUGGAGGGUUUGAGCACUGCCAGAGAGACCAGCUCCAGCAGGAGUCUGACAGAGGCUCACGCUAUCCACUUCCAGAAUUUUCUCUGAAACCGACAGGUAACAAACAAUAUGUAUGGCUUGUGCAGUCAAUCGCAUCAAAAAUGAACUUUGAAGUUAAAUAUGAAAUUCUACCGCAUCGUACAAGCAACGCUUUAGCCCAGUGUGUGGUCCACCUCUGUAAAGAUCCCCCUAUAGUGUGCUAUGGAUCCGCUAAAUCUGAAAAUAAGGCAAAAUCUUCUGCAGCUCGGUGUGCAUUUGAAUACCUAAAGAUAGUAUAUCAAAAGUAAGAAGUGCAUUAUAAAAUAAACAAUGUGUAUUAGAUUCUGUGAUACUAACUUUUCUACCUGGGAAGCAGUUUGUCUGUGAUUGAUAGUAAAUGCUGGUCUAUAAAUUGAACAAAAAAUUAUGCUGUUUGAAGUUGAGGCAGUGUUUUUUAUGGCAGUUUCAAGACAAACUUGCUUUGAACAUGCCAGAGUACCUGGUUUCACAGUGCAAGUGUAUUAUAUUGUGAGAGUGUAUGUAUUUUUGUAAUUGUUAUUCAAAUAAAGUGCUGUUUUUGUA